AAAAAGCUCCGGCCUUUAAGAGCAGCAUGUGUCAUCUCGACUUGGUUCUCCAAAUAUCACACGUCUAGGAAAUAGACGCGCCGAGAAGGGACGUCGGAGCGCAGAAGUCCCGCUAUCUCCAAACAACUUCGAGGCAAGACGCGCUGCUUCACAGGCCUGCUCACUUAACGAGUGGGGAAAUAUUUGUAGAAGUUGAGGUUCUUCGUUGGCUGGAGUGGCAGGCGUCCGGUUCGAUCCCAUUUAGAUUUUUGGGACGCAUCCGAUCUCUUGACAAGGGCAGCCAGAAGUGUGUGCGCACUGACCGCCCUCCACGGCACACCGGCUGCUCGGUUGUUUUGGCUGCGGUAGACUUUUUGCUCGGUGAAAAACAGUGUAAGUAAGCCGUGAGAUGACCCUGUCUGGAGGCAGCGAACGAGCCAGCGACAUGUCCGGCCAAACUGUGCUCACAGCGGAGGACGUGGAUAUUGACGUGGUGGGCGAGGGAGACGAGGAGGGCAUGGAGAGGGUGGACAGCGACUGCGACAGCCCAGGGGAUGGCAUCCUGCACGACCUCCGGGGAGAAACGGGAGACGAUGAAGUGGAAGACGAGAUCGAGGUAGAGAAAGAGGAGAUUAGGUCCGGCGUAGGGAGCCCGUGCUGCGAGAGCUCAGGAGAGGCAGAAACGGGCACCGGAAAAGGAGAGGGUCACGACCAGAGCACGGCGCCAGGUGCGAUCCAGAAGCCCAAAAGCAGCCUGGUAAAGCCGCCUUACUCAUACAUCGCACUCAUCACCAUGGCCAUCCUCCAGAGCCCGCAGAAAAAGCUCACCCUCAGCGGGAUCUGUGAGUUCAUCAGCAACCGCUUCCCGUAUUACCGUGAGAAGUUCCCGGCGUGGCAAAACUCCAUCCGCCACAACUUGUCUCUCAACGACUGCUUCAUAAAAAUCCCCCGGGAACCUGGCAACCCCGGCAAGGGUAACUACUGGACCAUGGACCCCGCUUCAGAGGACAUGUUCGACAACGGCAGCUUCCUCAGGAGGAGAAAAAGGUUCAAGAGAGUUCAGCCAGAUGUGCUCAGGGACCAGACUGCUCUCAUGAUGCAAAGUUUCGGGGCGUACAGUCUUGGAGGGCCCUACGGGAGACACUACGGCAUCCACCCGGCUGCGUAUUCCCAUCCGGCUGCUUUACAGUACCCGUACAUCCCUCCUGUAGGUCCCAUGCUGCCCCCGGGCGUCCCUCUAUUGCCCUCGGCGGAGCUAAACAGAAAAGCGUUCAACUCGCAGCUCAGCCCGAGCCUUCAGCUACAGCUCAGUAGUCUCAGCACGGCGUCUAUGAUCAAAUCCGAGCCUUCAAACAGACCGUCUUUCAGUAUAGAAAACAUCAUCGGGGUGUCCAGCGCUUCCUCUUCCUCACCGGGCGCCGCACAGGCUUUCCUGCGGCCUCCUGUGACCGUUCAGUCUGCCCUGCUGAGCGCGCAGUCCCUCUCCCUGUCCCGGACCUCAGCCGCUAUUGCUCCCAUCCUUAGUGUACCUACAAAUAUUAUUUCUGGACACGUUUUACCCUCCGCGACGGCGGCUGCAGUGUCCAAAUGGCCUUCGCAAUGACUUCAAACCAAGAGAAAGCAAACUCUUAUUUUUAUAUAGAGACAUUAUUACUGGGAAGUGUGAAAAGCACAAAUUUAUAGGCAGCACUGGACUGUAAAGCCAUGUAAAAGACUGUUGAAACACAGAACAAAAGAGAAGAUUUUCUGUACAGGUAAUAUUUGUAAAUAUUUGUAAAAAGAAAAUGAUUUUACCAGUUUGACUUUUACCUGUCCCUUUUCCCCCCUUCUGUUCCUGUUUGGGAUCUGUGGUAAUUAUUUUACAUUCUUCAUUUUGUAACUGGACACAGUUAGUUUGGCUUCUUUUUCAUACAAGACACAAAAGCUCUGGAAAAAAAAACGAACUGUUUAUAAUAAUAAUUUAAAAAAUACAAAUAUAUGUAAUUCUAUGUAGCUAUAUUGUGUUGUAA